AUGAGGAAUUGGGAGGGCGAGAUAAGAGUAGAACUACCCAAGAGCAAGGGAACUCAAAAUUUGACUUUUGGAAACUGCAUUGCCAGAAACAUAAUAUUUUACCAACAUGUGAAUAAAGGGCAACGGAGUUGGUCCCCUACAGGCAGUGGCGGCAUGCGGUGUUGGCCGGCGGGGUGGCCGGCGGUGGGUGGCCGGGUUGGCAUAAUACUACAUUUUGGUCUAUGGCCUUAUGCUAAUUAG